UAUCGAUAACCAAAUUGGCUGCUUCAAUAAGAAAUUUGUUAUUUCAAUUUAAAGUUGACUUUCCGCUAAAAUGACGCAUCCGCUGGAGGCGCCGCAGCGCAGCCGCAAGUACCCAUUCGUGCACAUGCGCAUCGCGGACCACAGCGCGCUGGACACCAUCGAGGGGCGCCACAACUGCCGCCUGUGCAACCGAUCGCGCAAGUUCUUCUGCUACAGCUGCUGCGUGCCGGUGGGCGAGCUGGAGGAGCUGCUGCCCCGCCUGGAGCUGCCGCUCCAAGUGGACAUCAUCAAGCACAAGAAGGAAAUCGACGGCAAGAGCUCGGCGGUGCACGCGGCCGUUCUGGCGCCGGCGCACGUGAGGAUCCACACAUUUCCGGACAUCCCCGACUACCGCGAGGAGACGGGCGUGGUGCUCAUAUUCCCCAGCGCCACUGCGCUCACGGUGCCGCAGCUCUUCGCGCGCAACGUGCAGCUGCAGAUCGGCGACAACUACGGGCUGCCCAAGGGCCACCACAUGGGCACCAUGCUGCGCAGGCGAAUGGACGAGGUGGAGGUGAAGGAACUGCAGGAGGAGGUAGAUGAGCCGGAGCAGGCGCGGCGAACCUGGACGCUUGACAACCUGCCCGUCCGCCGAGCCGUCUUCAUAGACAGCACCUGGAACCAGAGUCGCGGGAUCUACGCGGACCCCAGGGUACGUGGCCUGCGAACGGUGGUGCUGCAGAAUCGACUGUCGCAGUUCUGGCGCCACCAGCGCGGCAGUCCGCGCUGGUACCUGGCCACCAUCGAGGCCAUUCACCAGUUCCUCCUGGAGGUGCACAUCAAUGCCUGGGGCCUGAACACCGCCUACCGCGGACUGGACAACCUGGAGAUCACCGAGGGCUUCCAUCAGCUGGCGGCGCCGCUGACCAAGCAGGCGGCUAGCGAGGAUCUGGGCAGGGAGGCGCCCUACAAUGGGCAGUACGACAACCUGCUCUUUUUCUUCGCCCACAUGUACGAUCUCAUACACAAGUACUACGACCACAACGACCUCAUCGCCUACCGACGACCCAUCUAGCGUUCUAAGUAGUUUGUAUCGGAAUUAAUGGAUAUAUAUUGGAUGUAGUGAGAAGUACACGUAACUGCUGGUCUAGA